CUUGUUUAGAAUCUUCUCCGUAACACUUCUUCUGCCAUUUUCUGCUGCUGAUGGGGAUCUUUGGUCUCUCAGCAUUCGUUUUUGAACAUGGCACAUUAGGCACACAAUGUACCUGGUCUUCGGAUUCACAACAAGACGAGAACGAUCAUUUCAUUAUCGAUGGCAACGCUUUCACCUACCAUUAUGCAAUGAAAACAAAUUUUAACUGGGUUCACGGAGGCAAGCUUCCUUACAAGAAGACCUACAAAAUGUUUGCAGAAACAGUCCGACGGGAUAUCGCAGCGAUGCAACGAGCUGGAAUUCGAUUGACGUUUUUGUUCGACGGAGCACUACCGCAUGAUAAAGAGUAUACACGGAUGAAACGCUACAGAUCCUACAUUGAGCGUGCGGAGCUCAUUUUAGCACACCUGGAUCAGAUCAACAACAACCUGCGAACGCAAGAAUCCGGAAUCCAGCAUGCCGCCGAUAUGUACUUGAUACCACCGCUGAUGCUGGAGGUGUGCCUCCAAACGAUCAGGGAUCUGGGUCUUGAUCCUGUAGUAUGCCAAGGAGAAGCGGAUGGACGCGUGGUGCGACUUGCCGACGAAUGUCAAGGUUACGUUGUAUCCAAAGAUUCUGACAUGCACGUAUAUCCCCAUAUUGGCAAAGGCUAUAUACCUCUCAACACACUCACUAUCUACAGUGAGGUAAGCGACAACAGCCACAGCCACAGCAACAGCACAGUAAAAGGGACUGUGUAUCAUCCUCGACGGUUAGCAUCUCUUCUGCAAUUGAACAGUGUCGCUUUACUUCCUGUGUUUGGCGCUAUUCUCGGUAACGAUUAUAUCGAUCCGCAACUCGUACGAUACCCUAUCAUGGAAUGGUGCUCCUCUAGAAAUAUGCCUGUCAAGAACAAGAUUAGCUACUGGCCAAAGUGCGUUGCAGAAUAUUUGCGCGAUAUGGGAAGCGAUUUGGAUCUGGUGGGCAUUGCAGACAAUCUCAAAGCGCUUAUUGGCAAGGCGCGAGAAUAUAAUACAGCAGCUACUGCCGCAGCUGUGGAUGGAUUAGAGGAGGCACUGGUUUCGUCUGUAUAUCGAUACGAUCCGGAGAGCACGCUGUUA